AUGUUCUUCACCAAGGUUUCUCUUGUCGCCGUCGCUGCUUUGGCUGUCGUGAGCGAGGCUCGCCACCAUCAAUAUGGCCUCUUGCACCCCAAGCGCUCUUUGAGCUCCAGUGCUCCAGCACCUGCUACCGUCACCGUUUACCCAGUGCCUCUUAGCACUGGCCUUGCUUCUGCUGUCGUCUCUUCCGCUUCUGCGUCUGAUACUGACUUGACCUUGACUUACACACUUGGAACUGGCACUUCCACUCAGGUUGUGACCACUACCAUUCACCGUACUCAGACGGACACCUUCUAUGUCACCGCCACUGCUACCCCUGGUGGCAACAAGCAAGUUGAUAGUGACUCUACAACAACUGUCUUCACAACCUCCACCGCUACUUCUACCGUUACUGUCUUGGCCGCUUCAUCUACUGGAGGCUCUGGUCCCGCAGCUACCGCUCCCGGCACUGGCAGUGACACUGACAGCCAGGGCUGCAGUGGUCAGGCUACUGUCACCGUUACUGAGAAGGAGACCGUCACAGUGACCGCUACCCCGACUGCUACAGCUGGUUUCAACACUGAGGUGAUGACUGUUGAGCCAACUGAGACUGGUUCUUCCGGCCCAACUGAACCUGCUGUCGUCAAGCCUAUCGAGACCGCUACUAAGGUUCCCCCAUCCCCAAGUGGCCCCAACAGUGGCCACGGUAGCGGCUACACAUCCGUUGCACCCUACCCAACCAACGUUCCCAGUCAAGGGCAAGCAACCUCCUCUGGAUUCUUGACCAGUGUCCUUCUGCGCACUGACAGUCCCCGCCCUACCGGUUACUUUUAG